AUGCCGCCAGCCACGAACAACUCAAGAGAAGAAAAAGAGGAAGAAACUACAGAUGUUUGUUCGGCUAAUGCCGAAAAAUCAACGAAAAUCCUCAAUUGUGCAGAAACUCAUUUCACCCUUCAAAGACGGCUCCACUUGUAAAGAGGAGGAGCAAAGACUCUGCUAUGCCGUUGUCAGCUAGGAAAUAGCGAUUGUGGAAUCAAGGCUGCAGCUACCAUCUACGUCAACUGUGAGCUUCUCGGAGGAGCCAAGAAAAGAAAGAAAAAGGUCUACACCAUUCCAAAGAAGAACAAUAUAAGCCAAAGGAAGUCAAGCUCGCCGUCCCCCAAGUACUUCAAGAUCGACGAGAACGGCAAGAUCAGCCGUCUACCAACAGGGAUACCAACAGCCAGCAUUCAGAGGGAAGCCUUCAUGACCCAGCCCACCACACUACGGAAGAUGUCCCAACAUCCUUGUCGUUGA